GUGCCAUCCUUUGGAAAGGAGACAUUACGGACAACGGCAGUUACUCCACAGUUUGAACAAAACAUGGAUUCUGUAGACUUCAUUCAUUUAAACAUUUUAGAAAAGAAAGUUCUUAACAAUUCUGAAGUUUCAGUUCAGUAUUUAUGUUCUAAGCCUUGUAUCGUCAACAUAGAAGCAGUAGCUUCCUCCGAAUUCAGGACUGGUGUACCAGUCUAUAGAAGGAGAUGGAAGGAUGAGAAAAACCUUUAUGUUAACAGAACUCGACAAGUACAUUUGAAAUUUCCAAGCAUCAUGGUUUACAGAGAUGAUUAUAUCAUCAGAAACUCAAUAAUAGUGCACAGUGUGAUAUUAUAUGCGUGGAUUAGUCACAAAUCAGUUAGCAGCUAUGAUGUUGAGCAGAGUGAAGACUACCAGGAUGCAGUUGCCAAGAAUUACACUUUUUUAGAAGCAGUUCCACCUUUUGAACGCCCAUAUAAGGACCACAAAAUUUGUCUUCAGUGGGGUACUGACUAUUUGUGGAUGCUCCAGGCAAACAGGAUACCUCAGUGCCCUCAUGAAAGUGAUGGUGUCCAGAUUCUCAACUUCAUAUAUGCUUCCAGUGGGGAGAAAACAGGAAUCGUGAAGAAAUUUGAACAAUUUGAAAACAGAGAACUUGAGACAGUCAGACAACAUCAGAUUGAUUAUCCCAUGUUCACCAUUUCAAUCUGGCUAUAUUUACUCCAUCACUGUGAAAAGGAUCUGUGUGGUAUACUCUAUUUUAUUGAUCCGAAAGAAAUGUAUAGUACUCCUGCUGUAUUUCUAAAUGAAGAAGGUUAUGUGCAUGUUCAGAUGCACCUCAUGAGAGGAGAUGACCUUGCAGUGAAAACUAGCUUCAGCCUUCCUCUGAAGCAGUGGUUUCGACUGGAUCUGUCUUUCAAGGGUGGACAGAUAGAAGUAAGCAGUGUUGGGAAGAACAUGAGAAGACAUCAUCAUCAGUCUUUUACUUUUAGGGAAGAUUUCUAUUAUGAUGACACUGCUGGAUACUUUGUUCUUGGAGGCAGUGGAUAUGUAAAUGGUAUUGAAGCAUUCUUUGGACCUGUGAAAUACUAUCGUCUCAAUGUGUUGGAAACAGAACAGAUUUCUAACCCUCUUCAUGACAAAGCAGCAGUGGAACAAAUUGAACUGUACUAUGAGAGAUGCAUGGACGUUCAAGAAAUAGUUUAUGAGUACAGAUAUAUUGUAAGGCAAGGUGAAAAAGCGCAAAGAAAUUGUUACUAUGAAAACUAUUAUUUGGAGCAGAUUCACAAAUUCGGAGAAAAAUCCAAAUGUGAUGCCUUCAUGUGGGGAAAAGAGCUCAGGGAAAAGUACCACACUUUGUUCAAACUGUUACAAGAGAUGGAUUUCAGUGCUCCAGAUGAAGAUGGAAGUGAUACAGUUCUAGAAGUUGGCCAGAGGAUAUUUGAGAAGGUUGCAAAGGGUCUGUCCAAUGCCGAUGGCCUCAGCAAUAUGGGCUCCUCUGUCCCUCUCUUGGUGGAUUCCAGUUGUUGUGGACACCAUAAGGCUUCCUAUUUCCUUGCAGUUAUAUUUGAAACAGGGCUUGGUGUGCCUGUGGAUCAUACAAAGGGUCUGCUCUAUAGUUUGAUUGGUGCUCAGGGUAAUGAGAGACUUGCUGUGAUGAAUCUUGGCUAUAAACAUUACCAAGGCAUUAAUAACUAUCCACUUGAUUUGGAGCUGUCAUAUGCUUAUUACAGUAAUAUUGCAAUCAAGACAUCAUUGGAUCAGCACACUAUAAAAGGAGAACAGGCAUUUGUUGAAACUAUAAGGCUGAUGGAUGAUGAACUGCUAAAAGCUCAAACAAAGGAAAAUGGCGAUGUCUUUAUGUGGUUAAAACAUGAAGCAACAAGAGGAAAUGCAGCUGCACAGCAACGAUUGGCUCAGAUGCUGUUUUGGGGCCAACAAGGAGUGGCAAAAAAUCCUGAAGCUGCGAUAGAAUGGUAUGCAAAGGGUGCAAUAGAAACAGAAGAUCCAGUGUUAAUAUAUGAUUAUGCUAUUGUGUUAUUUAAGGGCCAAGGUGUGAAAAAGAAUACAAAACUUGCUUUGGAAUUGAUGAAGAAAGCAGCAGCCAAGGGGUUGCCCCAGGCAGUGAAUGGAUUGGGAUGGUAUUACCACAAUUUUAAAAGAGACUACAGAAAAGCAGCCGAACACUGGUUAAUUGCUGAAGAAUUGGGAAAUCCAGAUGCAUCGUACAACCUUGGUGUCCUUUAUUUAGAUGGGAUUUACCCUGGAGUACCUGGUAGAAAUCAAACAGUUGCUGCACACUAUUUCUAUAAAGCUGCCCAAGGAGGGCAUAUAGAAGGGACUUUACGAUGCUCUCUGUACUACAUCACAGGAAACAUGGAAGACUUCCCUAGAGAUCCAGAAAAAGCUGUAAUCUGGGCAAAACACAUUGCAGAGAAGAACGGCUACUUAGGUCAUGUCAUCAGAAAAGCUCUCAAUGCUUAUCUGGAACUUUCAUGGCAUGAAGCUCUGCUGCAUUACGUUUUAGCAGCUGAAACUGGGAUUGAAGUGUCACAGUCAAAUUUAGCACACAUCUGUGAAGAAAGACCAGACCUAGCAAAGAAAUACCUAGCAACUGAUUGUGUUUGGAGAUACUACAAUUUCUCUGUUUCUCAAGUCAAUGCACCAUCAUUUGCUUAUUUGAAGAUGGGUGAUUUCUACUACUAUGGUUACCAGAACCAGUCUAAAGACCUUGAGCUCUCAAUGCGGAUGUACGCACAAGCUGCAUUAGAGGGAGAUUCACAGGGUUUCUUUAAUUUGGCCCUUGUCAUAGAAGAGGGCAACUCCAUACCUGCCUACAUUCUGGAUCACUUGGGAAUUGAUCAGGCAUUGCAUUCUAGUAAUAUGUCACUUCUUCAGGAACUUUAUUACAGGUGA